CUUGAUUUGCAGCUUCAGGGGAGAGACAAAGAACUAGCAGAAAUGAUUUCUGAUAUAAAAGCGUUCAUCAGAAAGAUUGAGCUUUGGGAACAAAACCUAACCGAUGGCGAUACCAGGCAUUUUCCUGUUCUUUCAGAAAAUAUAUCUCAAAAUCCAUUAGAACCAUAUGACAUCUCUAACUUGCAGGAUAACUUCAAUAAUCGUUUCAAGGAUUUCAACGAAAUUGCUAUAGUGGCGCAACUUGUUGUUUCACCCUUCAUGGAUAGUGAUAUCCAACAGUUUGCAGCUUCUUUAACGCAGAAUUUUAGCGAGGGUAUCGCUGCGACAGAAAUGGAAGUGAUUGAGUUUCAAAAUGAUUUAGCUUUGAAAUCUUUAGUCUCAAAUACAAAAUGUAUCUGGCCUCCAGUAAGUGAAGAUAAAUAUUUAGUUUUAUGUCGUGUUGCCUUGAAAGUGAAAUAGUUAUUUAGUUUAGCCUAUUUUUGUGAAUCUUCUUUUUCAAAUAUGAAGUUUAUUAAAAACAAGUCCCGUAAUCGACUUGCAGAUCAACAUUUGGAUAAUUGUAUUCGUUUGGCGGUAUAAAAUUAUACUCAAAACAUCAAAAAAAUUGUCAGUGAGUCUAAGUGUCUAGCUUCUCAUUGAACACGCACUUUUUAUCUGCACAUCUUUUGUGUAAAAUAGUGCGUGGUUUUUUUUAUUCUCAGUUACCUUUAUUAAAUCGUAUGUGACAUGCCACUGCAGCAGACCAAAAGUUGUGUUUAUUUUUCAAACAUCUAAGAUUAG